GCUUUUCUUCUGCCCCACAAUGGUCAAGGUACCUCGCUAGUGCGGGAUUUGGGGAACUAGGGUUUUGCUGACGAAGAAGCGAUCAGGAGGAAGAUAUCAAUGGAAAGUGCCCUAGCUAACGCUGUCUCCAUCGCGGACCAGAAGCAGAAGAUCGAGCAGUACAGGCUCAUCUUAUGCUCCAUCACAUCCUCUCAGUCUAACGUUGUAUACCAGACCAAACGUUUCAUCGACCACUUGCUUUCGGAUGAUGUGGCGCUGUUUAUCUCGAGGCAGUUGCUUCUGAUUUUGGCGCAGGAACUUCGUCUCCUACCCCAUGAUGCUCAGAAGGACAUUGCCCACUAUGCCUUAACCCAGGUCCAGCCUCGUGUGGUGUCCUUCGAAGACCAGGUAUUAGCUUUCAGGGAGAAGCUUGCUGAGUUGUAUGAAUCUGAGAAGCAGUGGUCCAAAGCGGCACAGAUGCUAAGUGGCAUUGAUUUGGAUUCAGGGAUUAGGAUUGAUGACGCUAAAAAGCUAUCUAAAUGCGUCAAAAUUGCUACUCUGUAUCUCGAGGAUGACGAUGCUGUUAAUGCUGAAGCUUUUAUAAACAAGGCUUCCUUUUUGGUUGGGAAUAGUCUACAAGAAUCUGUUAGUUUACAGUACAAGAUGUGCUAUGCAAGGAUUUUGGAUUUAAAGAGGAAGUUUUUGGAAGCUGCACUUCGUUACUAUGACAUUUCACAGAUUGAGAAACAUCAUAUUGCUGAUCAGGAGGUCAAUACAGAUGCUCUUGAGGUAACUCUAAGUGCUGCAGUGACAUGCACUAUACUGGCUGCCGCCGGUCCCCAACGGUCACGUGUUCUCGCUACUUUGUACAAGGAUGAGAGGUGUACAAAGUUGAAGAUUUAUCCUAUUUUGCAGAAGGUUUAUUUGGAGAGGAUUUUGAGAAAGCCAGAAAUAGACGCUUUUGCCAAUGAGUUAAGACCGCACCAGAAAGCUCUUUUACCUGAUAAUUUCACUGUGCUGGACAGAGCAAUGAUUGAGCACAACCUUUUAAGUGCCAGCAAGCUAUAUACCAACAUAAGCUUUGAAGAAUUGGGAGCUUUAUUAGGUAUUGCGCCACAGAAGGCCGAGAAGAUAGCUUCAAGGAUGAUAUAUGAGGAUAGAAUGAGGGGAUCUAUUGAUCAGGUUGAAGCAGUCAUUCAUUUUGAGGAUGAUACUGAAGAGUUGCAGCAAUGGGAUCAGCAGAUUGUGGGUGUAUGCCAGGCGCUUAAUGACAUUCUGGACAGCAUGGCAAGAAAAGGCAUAUCCAUACCUGUAUAAUUUGGCAGCCUCCCACCUAAUUUUUCUCUAUUUUCUUCAGCUUAAUCAUCUGACAAACUAUUAGAUAGACAAUCAAUAUCUGAAGUAAAAUAUUGUGCUUAAUAACAUUUACUUUUUGGGACAUUUGCAUGCAUAUCAUGUAAUCCUUGUUUAUUUAUAUAUGCAACACUUA